AUGCAAACCUCCCGACUCCAACUAGUCCGGCUAACAGAGGACCACGUCCCAGGCUACCACGCCAUCUGGUCCGACCCAUUCACAACCCGAUGGAGUUCGCAUGGGCACUGCGCUACGCUGGAAGACAGUAGGGAGUGGAUGUCAGCCCUACUUCCAGACGUUAAUCCCAAGGGAGUCAAUUAUGCUGUUCUACUACGCGCAGAUAUCGAUCUCGACCUAGCGGAAAUCGCACAAGCACAAGCACGACACGGGACUCCCGGCCCCGGCGGUGAUGGCGAUGGCGAUGGCGAGACAGUUCUCCGACCCGGUGGUUUUCUAGGAUGGGUUGGAACGUGGAGGUCGGAUCCAGAGCCGGAAGUUGGACUUAUCUUCCACCGAUCGACGUGGGGGGUGGGAUUUGCUACGGAGGCCCUGGGUGCCUUUUUAGAGGUAUUUUGGAAGGAAAGGCCGGAAUUUGAGCAUUUGGAGGCGUGGGUUGAUGAGGAGAAUAGUGCUUCAAGUAACGUUCUGCGGAAAUGCGGGUUUCAGCUUGUGGAGAGGCUUGAGGGCGAUUAUAUUUUGAAAUGGAUGGUGCCUGAGUUGAGAAAUAGUCUUCAUUUUCGGGCCAGGAGAGCUGGCUCCAGUGCAGUGGCUACUGGCGGUGAUGCUGAGAGGACUCAUUCAAGUUGA